GUCAACGGGACAGGCCUGCUAACGUUGGAUGUGUCUUCAGAAUGAGUCACUCAGACUAAGUUGGCAUCGUAACCCAGAUUUGAUGUUGAAAAAAGAGCGGGGGCAGCCAUGGAAGUGAAGGAACGCAGACCCUACCGCUCACUCACUGCCCGGCGGGACACAGAGCACCGUUAUACCAGCUCCUCAGCAGACAGCGAGGAUGGCAAACCCAACCCCAAAUCCUACAGCUCCAGUGAAACACUAAAGGCCUUUGACCAGGACUCAAGGAUGGCCUAUGGGAGCCGUGUCAAGGACAUGGUUCAUCACGAAGUGGAUGAGUUCAGCCGGCAAGACUUUUCCCUCAGAGACCUUGGCUUUGGUGAGGCCCUGCCGUCCCACGUAGCGACUUACAGGACUGACCUGGGGCUGCCACAUCGCGACUACUCAGUCAGUGUGGGCUCCGAUGCUGACACAGAGACGGAUGGCAUCAUGUCGCCGGAGCACGCGGUCAGAUUAUGGGGCCGCAGCAACACCAAGUCAGGCCGCAGCUCCUGCCUGUCCAGCAGGGCCAACUCCAAUUUGACCCUCACCGACACUGAACACGAGAACACAGAAAACGCCUUGAAUGAAGAAAGUGCGUGGAAUCAAGGGAACGGAACAUUUCAAAACUCUCGGCUGCGGACGCCUCCUCUACCGCUCUCCCACUCCCACUCACCCAAUCAUCAGCACCAUGCGGCCUCCAUUAACUCCCUAAACAGGGCCAACUACACGCCGCGCAGCAACCCGAGUCCUGCGCCCACAGACAGCUCUGUUCCCCCAGAGGGUCCCGCCAGCGGUCAGGACUCCGGCAGCGCACAGGACAACUGGCUACUCAACAGCAACAUCCCCCUGGAAACGAGGCACUUCCUCUUCAAACCAGGUGGAACAUCGCCGAUGUAUUGCACAACUUCCCCGGGAUACCCUUUGACCUCUAGCACAGUCUACUCUCCUCCCCCGCGCCCUCUGCCACGCAACACCUUCUCUCGACCCGCCUUCAGUCUGAAGAAACCCUAUAAGCACUGCAACUGGAAAUGUGCCGCUCUCAGUGCCAUCCUCAUCUCAGUAACGCUGGUGUUCCUGUUGGCCUAUUUCAUCGCGAUGCACCUUUUUGGAUUAAACUGGCACUUGCAGCCCAUGCAGAGACAGAUGUACCAGCUGUCAGAAGACAACACUAGUGGCCUACCUUUUCCUACUGACCUGAGCCUGCCACCACUAGGUAACACGGGCAAAUUGGACAGCUUGUUCCCGGAUGACAGCUUCAUAGACAUGGGGGAGAUUGACGUGGGACGCAAGGUCGCCCAGCAGAUUCCUCCUGGUAUCUUCUGGAGGUCCCAGGUCUUCAUCGAUCAUCCCAUGUACCUGAAGUUUAACGUGUCCCUAAGCAAAGAUGCCUUAGUGGGAAUCUACGGAAGGAGAGGUCUACCUCCGUCUCACACACAGUUUGACUUUGUGGAGCUGCUGGAUGGGAGGAGGCUGCUGGCCCAGGACAUCCACGGUCUGGAGGGGCCCGUGGCCAUGCAGCGCAGCCUGGUACCCAUCACCACCCAUGACACGGGCUUCAUCCAGUACAUGGACUCUGGCAUCUGGCACCUGGCAGUCUACAAUGAUGGGAAAGAAACUGAAACUGUCUCCUUCCUCACCACUGCCAUAGAUUCUAUUGAUGACUGCCCCAGCAACUGCUUUGGUAACGGUGACUGUGUGGCUGGAACGUGUCACUGCUUUUUAGGAUUCAGAGGACCUGACUGCGGACGAGCUGCCUGUCCAGUGCUGUGCAGUGGGAAUGGUCAAUACCUUAAAGGUCGCUGCAUGUGUCACAGCGGCUGGAAGGGCUCCGAAUGUGACGUUCCCACCAACCAGUGCAUUGAUGUCACGUGCAGCAACCAUGGGACGUGCAUCGUGGGAACAUGUAUCUGCAACCCAGGCUACAAGGGAGAAAACUGUGAAGAAGUGGACUGCCUGGACCCAACAUGCUCGGGCAGAGGGGUAUGUGUCCGGGGAGAGUGCCACUGCUUCGUGGGCUGGGGCGGGCCAGGAUGCGAGAGCCCAAGGGCCUCCUGCAUGGACCAGUGCUCUGGACAUGGAGCUUUCCUGGCAGAAACCGGAACCUGCAGCUGUGAUCCCAACUGGACGGGCCACGACUGCUCUACAGAGAUUUGUGCAGCGGACUGUGGUGGCCAUGGCAUUUGUGUGUCGGGCACCUGCCGCUGUGACGACGGUUGGAUGGGCACUGGGUGUGACCAGAGGGCGUGUCACCCUCGCUGCAACGAGCAUGGCACUUGCAAGGACGGCAAAUGUGAAUGCAGCCCCGGCUGGAAUGGAGAACACUGCACUAUUGAGGGCUGCCCUGGUUUGUGCAAUGGAAAUGGUAGGUGCACUCUGGGUAACAAUGGCUGGUACUGUGUGUGCCAGCUGGGCUGGAGGGGCACCGGCUGUGACACCUCCAUGGAAACUGCCUGCAGUGAUGUCAAGGACAACGACGGAGAUGGCCUGGUGGACUGCAUGGAUCCAGACUGCUGUCUGCAGGCGACCUGUCACACCACCUCUCUGUGUGUGGGCUCCCCGGACCCCCUGGACAUCAUCCAGGAGACACAGAUGUCCUCUGCACAGAGCAACCUGCAGUCGUUCUACGACCGGGUGCGCUUCCUGGUGGGCAAGGAGAGCACCCACAUCAUUCCCGGAGCCAACCCCUUCGACGGCAGUCAUGCAUGCGUCAUCCGUGGACAAGUAGUGACCUCGGAUGGAACACCACUGGUUGGAGUAAACAUCAGCUUCAUAAACAACCCGUCGUAUGGUUACACAAUCACAAGGCAGGAUGGAAGUUUCGACUUGGUGACCAACGGCGGCACAGCCAUAGCCCUGCACUUUGAGCGCGCUCCAUUCAUCACCCAGGAGCACACUCUCUGGUUGCCAUGGGGACGCUUCUUCGUCAUGGAUACCAUUGUCAUGCGGCACGAGGAGAAUGACAUCCCGAGCUGUGACCUCAGCAGCUUCACCAGGCCCAGUCCGGUGGUGUCCCCGGCCCCGCUCACCGCCUUUGCUGGCUCCUGCGCCGAACGGGGGACCAUUGUACCUGAAAUCCAGUCCCUGCAGGAGGAGGUCCCUAUCCCUGGGACAGACAUGAAGCUCGGCUAUCUGAGCAGCAGGACUCCCGGCUACAAGUCCAUCCUGAGAGUGACCCUCAGCCACUCCACAAUCCCUUUCAACUUGAUGAAGGUUCACCUCAUGGUGGCCGUCGAGGGCCGGCUGUUCAGGAAAUGGUUCCCUGCAGCCCCUAACCUCGCUUACGACUUUGUGUGGGACAAGACCGACGUCUACAGCCAGAAGGUCUACGGCCUGUCUGAAGCUUUUGUAUCUGUAGGCUUUGAGUAUGAGUCAUGUCCAGACCUUAUUCUUUGGGAGAAGAGGACUGCUACGCUACAGGGCUAUGAGAUUACUGCAUCCAAACUGGGAGGAUGGGCCAUAGACAAGCACCAUGCCCUGAACAUCCAGAGCGGUAUUCUUCACAUGGGCAAUGGGGAAAACGUCUUCAUCUCCCAGCAACCUCCCGUAAUCGGCAGUGUGAUGGGGAACGGGCGCAGGCGCAGCAUCUCCUGCCCCAGCUGUAAUGGCCUGGCUGACGGAAACAAGCUGUGGGCCCCCGUGGCCCUGGCCUGUGGCUCAGAUGGCAGCCUGUACGUGGGCGACUUCAACUACGUGAGGAGGAUUUUCACCACAGGGAACGUCACCAGCGUCCUGGAGCUGAGCAACAGCCCUGCUCAUAAGUACUAUCUGGCCACCAGUCCAGUGACCGGUGUCGUCUACUUGUCGGAUACCAGCAGCAGGAAGGUGUUCAAGGUGAAAUCCCUGAGUGUUGUGAAGGAUGUGGCCAAGAAUUUGGACCUGGUGGCAGGCACUGGUGACCAGUGUCUGCCAUAUGAUGACACCCGCUGCGGGGAUGGGGGAAAGGCUGUGGAGGCCACUCUCACAAACCCUAGAGGCAUUACCGUGGAUAAGUACGGCGUAAUCUUCUUUGUGGAUGGGACCAUGAUUCGCAGAAUCGACCAGAAUGGUAUCAUCUCUACUCUCCUGGGAUUUAAUGACCUGACCUCUGCCCGACCCCUCAGCUGUGACGCUGUGAUGGACAUCUCUCAAGUGCGUCUGGAGUGGCCCACAGACCUGGCAGUAAGUCCCAUGGACAACUCCCUGUAUGUCCUGGAUAACAAUGUGGUACUCCAGAUCUCAGAAAACCACCAGGUCCGCAUCGUAGCUGGCCGACCCAUGCACUGCCAAGUGCCUGGCAUUGACCACUUCCUAAUGAGCAAAGUGGCUAUCCAUGCCACUCUGGAGUCAGCCAACGCCCUAGCUGUGUCCCACAAUGGCAUUUUGUACAUUGCCGAGUCGGACGAAAAGAAAAUAAACCGAGUACGACAGGUCUCCACCAAUGGAGAAAUCUCCCUUGUUGCAGGGGCACCUAGUGGCUGUGACUGCAAGAAUGAUGCCAACUGUGAAUGUUACUCUGGAGACGAGGGCUAUGCCAAGGAUGCCAAGCUGAAAGGGCCCUCUUCCCUGGCAGUGUCCCCAGAUGGAGAGCUCUUUAUUGCAGAUCUGGCCAACAUCCGUAUCCGCUAUGUGCGCAAAAACAAACCCUAUCUGAAUCCUCUCAGCAUGUAUGAGGUGUCUUCCCCCAUUCAUGACGAACUCUACCUAUUUGACUCCAAUGGCAGCCACAUCUACACACAGAGUCUGACGACAGGAGACUACCUCUACAAUCUGACCUACACAGGAGAGGGAGAUCUGAGCAGCAUCACCGAUAAAAACAAAAACACAGUGAUGAUCCGACGGGACACGACAGGAAUGCCUUUGUGGCUGAUGGGCCCCGAUGGACAGACAUUCUGGUUCACCAUCGGCACCAACAAUGCGCUUAAAACCGUCGCUGCCCAGGGUCAAGAGCUAGCUGUGAUGACCUACCAUGGAAAUUCAGGGCUUCUAGCUACUAAAACCAAUGAAAAUGGAUGGACCACCUUCUAUGAGUAUGACAAUUACGGCCGUUUGACCAAUGUCACUUACCCCACGGGCCGAGUGAGCAGCUACCGUACCGACCAUGACAGCUCUGUGCGCAUCCAAACAGAGGGCUCCAACAAAGAGGAUAUCACCGUCACCACCAACCUGUCAGCCUCCGGCACCUUCUACACACUCAUGCAGGAUCAAGUUCGGAACAGCUAUUUCAUUGGUCUGGACGGCUCUCUACGGCUUGUGCUAGCCAAUGGCAUGGAGGUGUCUCUGCACACCGAGCCCCACCUGCUGGCCGGCACCGUCAACCCGACCGUCAGCAAGAGGAACGUCACCCUCGCCAUCGACAACGGACUCAACCUGGUGGAGUGGAGACAGAGGAAGGAGCAGGCGCGUGGCCAGGUCACCGUGUAUGGACGCAGACUUCGAGUUCAUAACAGGAACUUGCUGUCAUUGGACUUUGAUCGAAUUACCAGAACGGAGAAAGUCUACGAUGACCACAGGAAGUUUACAUUACGGAUCCACUAUGACCACGCUGGUCGACCCACACUGUGGGCGCCGAGCAGUCGCUUGAACGGCGUCAACGUCACCUAUUCCUCUGGCGGGCAUGUGGCAGGCAUCCAAAGGGGAACCAUGUCUGUGCGCAUGGAGUACGACCAGAACGGCAGAAUCACCUCCCAGAUAUUUGCUGAUGGUAAAUCAUGGAGCUACACUUACCUUGAGAAGUCUAUGGUACUGCUGCUCUACAGCCAGAGGCAGUAUAUCUUUGAGUUCGACAAAAACGACCGCCUCUCCUCUGUGACCAUGCCCAACGUGGCACGGCAGACCCUGGAGACCUCCCGCUCCAUCGGCUACUACAGAAACACCUACCGGCCCCCGGAAGGUAACGCCUCAGUGCUCCAGGAUUACAGUGAAGACGGCCAGUUGCUGCAGACCACAUACCUGGGCACAGGCCGCAGGGUCAUUUACAAAUACGGAAAGCUCUCCAAGCUGCUGGAGAUCCUCUAUGACACGACGCGCAUCGGUUUCUCCUACGACGAGGUGGCGGGCAUGCUGAAGACAGUCAACCUGCAGAGCGAGGGCUUCACCUGCACCAUCCGCUACCGUCAAAUAGGCCCGCUCAUCGACAGGCAGAUCUUCCGCUUCAGCGAGGAGGGCAUGGUCAACGCCAGAUUCGACUACGUCUACGACAACAGUUUCCGAGUCACCAGCAUGCAGGCUGUCAUCAAUGAAACACCACUGCCUAUUGACUUGUAUCGCUACGAUGAUGUGUCCGGAAAGACAGAGCAGUUUGGGAAAUUUGGAGUGAUCUACUACGACAUUAAUCAAAUUAUCACCACAGCAGUCAUGACCCACACCAAACACUUUGACGCUUAUGGAAGGGUGAAGGAGGUCCAAUAUGAGAUUUUUCGCUCUCUCAUGUAUUGGAUGAUGGUGCAGUAUGACAACAUGGGCCGCGUGGUGUCCAAGGAGCUGAAGGUCGGGCCUUACGCCAACACCACACGCUACACGUACGAGUAUGACGCCGAUGGUCAGCUUCAGGUGGUCUCCAUCAACGACAAGCCCCUGUGGCGCUACAGCUACGAUCUCAACGGCAACCUGCACCUCCUCAGCCCCGGCAACAGCGCCCGCCUCACGCCGCUACGCUACGACAUCAGAGACCGCAUCACUCGCUUGGGGGACUCUCAGUACAGAAUGGACGAGGACGGUUUCCUCAAGCAGAGAGGGAACGACUACUUUGAGUAUAACUCGGCCGGCCUGCUGAUCAAAGUGUACAAUAAAGUGAGCGGCUGGAGCAUCAAGUACCGCUACGACGGCCUGGGCAGGAGGGUGUCCAGCAAGAGCAGCAUGGGCCACCACUUGCAGUUCUUCUACGCCGACUUGUCCAGCCCCACGCGGGUCACCCACAUGUACAACCACUCCAGCUCGGAGAUCACCUCGCUGUACUACGACCUGCAGGGACAUCUGUUCGCCAUGGAGCUGAGCAGCGGGGACGAGUUCUACGUGGCCUGCGAUAACAUCGGCACUCCUCUGGCCGUGUUCAGCGGCUCAGGCAUCAUGAUCAAGCAGAUCCUCCACACAGCAUUCGGGGAGGUUUACCUGGACACCAACCCCAGCUUCCAGCUCAUAGUGGGCUACCAGGGAGGCCUGUACGAGCCUCUCAGCAGACUCGUCCACAUGGGCCGUAGAGACUACGACGUCCUAGCUGGUCGCUGGACCACGCCUGACCUUGAGGUGUGGAACCGUCUCAACAACAACCACAUCGUGCCCUUCAACCUGUAUAUGUUCAAGAACAACAACCCUCUGAGCAACAAUGAGGAGAUUAAGUGCUACAUGACAGAUGUGAAUAGCUGGCUGGUGACCUUUGGCUUCCAGCUGUACAACGUUAUUCCUGGCUAUCGCAAACCAAGCACAGACGCCAUGGAGCCAUCGUACGAGCUCGUCCGCACCCAGAUCAAGACGCAGGAGUGGGACAGCACCAAGUCUGUGCUGGGCGUGCAGUGUGAAGUUCAGAGGCAGCUCAAAGCCUUUGUGAAGCUGGAACGUUUUGGACAGAUCUACAGAGCCAAAAGUGCCGGCUGCCCUCAGACGGAGAACAAGAAGAUCUUCGCCUCCGGUGGCUCCAUCUUCGGGAAGGGGGUGAAAUUCGCCAUUCGAGAAGGUCGCAUCAGCACGGACAUCAUCAGCUUGGCCAACGAGGACGGGCGGCGCAUGGCUGCCGUCCUCAACGACGCGUUCUACCUUGAAGACCUCCACUUCACCAUCGCGGGGAUGGACACCCACUACUUUGUGAAGCUGGGCUCAGUCGAGGGAGACCUCGCCCUGAUCGGCAUGACGGUGGGCCGGCGCACGCUAGAGACAGGCGUCAACGUGACCGUGUCCCAGGUCAACACUGUGCUCAAUGGCAGGACUAGGCGCAUUACUGACAUCCAGCUCCAGCACGGCACGCUGUGUCUGAAUACGCGUUACGGCAGCAGUGUGGACGAGGAGAAGGCCCGCGUGCUGGAGCUGGCCCGGCAGAGAGCCGUGGUCCAGGCUUGGGCCCGGGAGCGCCAGAGACUGAGAGACGGGGAGGAGGGCUCGCGAACCUGGACUGAAGGAGAGAAGCAGCAGCUCUUGGGCUCAGGGAAGGUGCAGGGCUACGACGGCUUCUACGUGGUGUCGGUCGACCAGUACCCCGAGCUGGCAGACAGUGUGAACAACAUUCACUUCAUGAGACAGAGCGAAAUGGGCCGAAGGUGACAUGAACACGACGCUCUGUGUGUGACAGACUCUGACGUAGGACAUGGGACUUCUUGCCAAAGACAGUUGCGUACAUGACCACUUUUUUUGUUCUUUGACUGUGCUCAACUUGGUUUUUAAUAUACUGUAAGAAAAAAAAAAAAAAACAUGGUUGCAAUCAGUUGCACUGUAUUAAUAGAAGAGUGCCCUUCUCCUUUUGAAGAUUCUUUAACAGUCUUUGCCCUCCAAGUGCGGCUGCUAGAGGAUGAAAAUUUGCGAUGUCUGUGACUUAUUUUUGUGACUCCAUUUCCUCGUCCCUGUUGGUGAUUCUGUUCAAAGGAAUCCAAGAGGAGUAUUGGUAAUGCAUUAUGUUCACUGGCUCACUCUGCUGCCAGACUAGCAGAUUGUUAUUCACAAGCUUGCUCCAUUCUGCCUUUUCUGCGCCUCAGCCAAGGAGAUUCCUUCUCUUUUAAUCGCUUCUUUUUUAUACUUGAAAACCUCAUAGCCCCAGUCAUCCAUAAAUAAUGAGCGAAUUUUCUGUUGGCAGUAGACUCCGUCAUCAAAACCCCAGCUGAACUUGUCAAAGCACCUUCAUUUGUGUGAUGUCUUGUAAUUUUUUAAGAGGAGGCUUGAUACUCAUCUGUGGUCUUAGCUCGGAAGGCUCCAGUGCACCGUGACUGUGCAUGUCGAUGGCCUUCUACACGAACUACUAAUUAACAAAAUUGCUUGAUCAAGCUGAAAUCGUAUGGUAAAGCCAACAAUGGGACAUGAGGUCACUUUUUUUUUUUUUUUUUAAUUUUGUGUGUAUUUGUUCUUUUUGACUGGAAUUUGUUCCGAAGAAGAAAAAGAAAACAUAGCAUAAAUCGCUCUCUGCUCCUCUUUAUUUGACUGUGGUCAAACAGCUCGGUUAUGAGAAUAGUGACGAGCCAACCCUGUAAGAAAAUACUGUGGAAUUAAUGUCUGUAUUAAACAACAAAAGGUAUUUUAUGGGAAUGGUUUUGAAUUACCUUUAGUUUUGUUUUUAUAAAUAGCUAUAUGAAAUAACAGUAUAACAAAUGUGAAUUUAAAAAAAAAUGUGAACUAUUGUCCCUUUUAUCGUUAAUUGUUGUACUUGAACAAUACUUAAGGGUGUCUCAACACAUGGAAUAAACUAUGAAAGGUGGUUUAGUUAAAUCAAUUAUUGUGUUUUUCAUUAGACCGAAUACAUUCGACUGAUCUGCAGCAGUCUCAGUUACGUAUGAAUGGCAGUGUUUAUUUUGUCGAUGUCCAUCUCUCAGUAUUCCUCGCCACAAUUUACAAUCAAACGAAGCCUGGGAUGAAAACAUUUUUUAAAAGUGAGAAUGCAAAGGUGGAUAAAAAAUAAUAAUAAUAAUAAUAAUAAAAUAAAAAGAGAGCCAUGUCAUCACUGGAACAUGCACCACAUUAACAUGUUGGCUGCUGAGAUGGAUGGGCUUUGAAUUGUGUUGUGGGUGAACUGAGAAACAUGAAUUGCCUUUGGCCUCAGGGCUGCCCGGGGGUCAGCAUCUAAAGUGCUCUCAUCCUCCAGAGCGGGGCUCCACGUGGUCCCUCGGCCGACUGAAAUGCAUUAGACCUGCAGGUGUGCUCGUUCCAGUUUACAGACUAAAGGUCAUACAUACACGCCAACCUUGGAAAUAACCCUCGUGGACAUAAUUACCGCUGGUACAUUCAGAUAUUCCGGCUCCCAUAUGUCCGUGUCCUCCUUCGCGGAGACUUCAAAGGACAAUUUACUUCAGCUCGUGUGAAAAUGUCAUUAUCUGAAAAAAAAUACAGCUCGAAAGGAGUCCUAACUAUUUUGGAAAUAGUGUCAUUGAUUUGACUCCUGGUACUUUUUAAAACUAUGCCAAGCCACUGCACACUCUUGACUUUCUUAUCAACAUUUUUUCCCAUCAGAACACAUGAGCCUG